ACUCUAACUGUGGUCCUUUUUCUUUUUCUUGACAGAGAGAACUCGAUGCCACAGCAACAAUAUUGGCCAACCGGCAAGAUGAAAGCGAGCAGUCCAGGAAGAAACUUAUCGAGCAAAGUCGGGAGUUCAAGAAGAACACUCCAGAGGACCUGCGCAAACAGGUAGCUCCACUACUGAAGAGUUUCCAGGGAGAGAUUGACGCGUUGGGUAAAAGAAGCAAAGAAGCAGAGGCAGCCUUCUUGAAUGUUUAUAAGAGAUUAAUUGAUGUCCCAGAUCCAGUUCCAGCUUUGGAUUUAGGACAGCAGCUCCAGCUGAAGGUUCAACGCAUGCACGAUAUUGAAACAGAGAACCAGAAACUUAGGGAAACUCUAGAGGAAUACAACAAGGAAUUUGCCGAGGUGAAAAAUCAGGAGGUUACAAUAAAAGCACUUAAAGAGAAGAUCCGAGAAUAUGAACAGACCCUGAAGAACCAAGCUGAGAACAUAGCUCUGGAAAAAGAACAAAAGCUACAAAAUGAUUUCGCAGAGAAGGAGAGAAAAUUGCAGGAGACGCAGAUGUCGACAGCCUCGAAGCUGGAAGAAGCCGAACACAAAGUUCAAGCUUUGCAAACAGCCUUGGAAAAAACCCGAACAGAACUGUUUGAUCUGAAAACAAAAUACGAUGAAGAAACUACUGCAAAGGCUGAUGAAAUCGAGAUGAUCAUGACAGACCUUGAAAGAGCAAAUCAGAGGGCAGAGGUGGCUCAGAGAGAGGCAGAGACCUUAAGGGAGCAGCUCUCGUCAGCUAACAAAUCUCUCCAACUCGCUACACAGAUCCAGAAGGCACCUGAUGUGGAACAGGCCAUCGAGGUGCUGACACGGUCCAGCCUGGAAGUAGAACUGGCUGCAAAGGAGAGAGAGAUUGCCCAGCUCGUAGAAGAUGUCCAGAGACUACAGGGCAGCCUCACCAAGCUGCGGGAGAACUCCAGCAGCCAGAUCUCCCAGCUGGAGCAGCAGCUGACCGCCAAGAACAGCACGCUUAAACAACUGGAAGAAAAACUGAAAGGACAGGCUGAUUAUGAAGAGGUUAAGAAAGAAUUAAAUAUAUUGAAAUCCAUGGAGUUUGCACCACCUGAAAGCUCUGGUGCGCAGGAUGCAUCGAAACCGCUGGAGGUGCUGCUGCUGGAGAAGAACCGCUCGCUGCAGUCCGAGAACGCCACGCUGCGAAUCACUAACAGUGACCUGAGUGGGUCAGCCAGGAGAAAAGGGAAAGACCAGCCUGAGAGUCAGCGUCCUGCAACCUUGCCGGCUUCCCCUCCUUCUCAGUUGCUCCGCAACGCGGGGGAGCAGGCUUCCAAUACUAAUGGUACACACCAGUUCUCACCAACGGGUUUAAGUCAAGACUUUUUCAGCUCAUCCCUGGCAAGCCCCAGCUUACCCCUGGCCUCCACAGGAAAAUUUGCACUAAACUCUCUCCUCCAGCGACAGCUAAUGCAGUCCUUCUACUCCAAGGCAAUGCAGGAAGCAGGAAGCACAAGCAUGAUUUUUUCAACAGGUCCUUACAGCACAAACUCCAUCUCUUCCCAAAGUCCAUUACAACAAAGUCCGGAUGUAAAUGGCAUGGCCCCAUCUCCCAGCCAGUCAGAAAGUGCUGGGAGCAUCUCCGAAGGCGAGGAGAUAGACACGGCCGAAAUUGCACGUCAGGUGAAAGAGCAGUUGAUCAAGCACAAUAUUGGACAGCGGAUAUUUGGACAUUAUGUGUUGGGACUGUCGCAAGGGUCUGUGAGUGAGAUACUAGCCCGGCCAAAGCCAUGGAAUAAACUGACUGUGAGAGGCAAGGAGCCAUUUCAUAAGAUGAAGCAGUUCCUGUCGGACGAGCAGAACAUCCUGGCUCUUCGCAGCAUCCAGGGGAGACAAAGAGAGAAUCCAGGCCAGAACCUGAACAGACUAUUUCAGGAAGUACCGAAACGAAGAAAUGGGUCUGAAGGUAAUAUAACCACACGAAUCCGAACCACAGAGACUGGCUCUGAUGAAGCCAUCAAAUCCAUUCUUGAACAAGCCAAAAGGGAGCUGCAAGUACAGAAAACAGCUGAGCCGGCUCAGCCGCCUUCUGCAUCUAGCAGUGGCAAUUCUGAUGAUGCUAUUCGAUCCAUUCUGCAACAAGCCCGACGCGAAAUGGAGGCACAGCAGGCUGCCCUUGAUCCUGCCUUAAAAACAACACCUUUGUCUCAAGCUGACAUUUCUAUCCUGUCCCCCAAACUAGUAUCUACAUCUGCAAUGUCUUCGGUUUCCAGCUAUCCUCCUUUGGCCAUAUCCCUGAAGAAACAUUCAUCUGUUACUGAUUCCAGUAUCUCUGCAUUGCAGAACCUCUCUGGGCUCAAAAAGGAGCCGCAGGAGGCGCCUGUUUUAGAGCUUCAUGGAAUAAGUGAUUCUGCCCAGGGUAUGUUGAGGCAUGUUAAAAAUGAGUUGGGACGUGGUGGUGUUUGGAAGGACCAUUGGUGGAAUACUGUGCAGCAUGAGAGAAGAAAUGCAGCUCUUCCCGAAGAUAUAAAAGUUGAGGAAGCCAGUGGUGGAAAAGAAAAGGUCAGCAAUCAGACUAGGCCAGAUCGUAGCCAGCUCCAAGGACCAUCUUCUUCAGAGUAUUGGAAAGAGUGGCCAAACGCUGAAUCUCCGUACUCGCAGAGUUCUGAAUUGAGCAUGACUGGGGCGAGUCGCAGUGAGACGCCACAAAAUAGCCCCCUCCCUUCAUCCCCUAUCGUGUCCUUGUCCAAGCCAUCCAAACCUUCAGUUCCUCCUCUGACACCUGAGCAGUAUGAGAUUUAUAUGUACCAGGAAGUGGAUACGAUAGAACUAACGCGGCAGGUCAAAGAAAAGCUAGCAAAGAAUGGCAUCUGCCAAAGGAUCUUUGGGGAAAAGGUAUUGGGGCUGUCCCAAGGAAGUGUCAGUGACAUGCUCUCCAGGCCAAAGCCAUGGAGUAAAUUGACACAAAAAGGCCGAGAACCAUUUAUUCGUAUGCAGCUCUGGUUGAAUGGUGAGCUGGGACAGUGUGUCCUGCCUGCACAAGGGCAGCAACAAGGACAAGUCCUUCACUCUGUGACAUCAUUACAGGAUUCCCUACAGCAGGGAUGUGCAAGCUCAGAAAGCACUCCAAAGACUUCUGCCAGUUGCAGCCCUGCUCCUGAAUCUCCCAUGAGCUCCAGCGAAUCGGUUAAAAGCCUGACAGAAUUGGUACAGCAGCCCUGUCCUUCUAUAGAGACCAGUAAGGAUGGCAAAGCCCAGGAACCCAAUGAACCUCCUGCUUCAGAAUCCCAGUCCACAACACCUUUGCCACUGUCAGGCCAUUCAGCACUCAGCAUCCAAGAGCUGGUCGCUAUGUCCCCAGAGCUGGAUACGUAUGGCAUUACAAAAAGGGUCAAGGAAGUGCUAACGGACAACAAUCUUGGUCAGCGUUUGUUUGGGGAGACAAUCCUGGGGCUGACACAAGGCUCUGUCUCAGACCUGCUGGCUCGCCCGAAGCCCUGGCACAAGCUGAGUCUGAAGGGCCGGGAGCCCUUUGUCCGCAUGCAGCUGUGGCUGAACGAUCCCAACAACGUGGAGAAGCUGAUGGAUAUGAAACGGAUGGAGAAAAAAGCCUACAUGAAGCGGCGACACAGCUCCGUGAGCGACAGUCAGUCGUGUGAGUCCUCCUCCACUGGAAUCGACUACAGCCAAGGCGCCAGCCCGCAGCCGCAGCACCAGCUGAAGAAGCCCCGGGUGGUGCUGGCACCAGAAGAGAAGGAAGCUCUGAAACGAGCCUACCAGCAAAAGCCAUACCCAUCACCAAAAACCAUUGAGGAACUGGCGACGCAGCUCAACUUGAAAACCAGCACCGUGAUCAACUGGUUCCACAAUUACAGGUCUCGCAUCCGCCGGGAGCUGUUCAUCGAGGAGAUCCAAGCGGGAAGCCAGAGCCAGGCCGGGUCGAGCGAUUCUCCUUCGGCACGAAGCAGCAGAGCCGCCCACAGCUCGGAGGGAGACAGCUGCGACGGCGUGGACGCGGAGGGCCCACCUGAAGGAAAGCCGAGCGGUCCGGAGGCGGACGAGUACAGCAAUGCAACCACAAAGUCUCAGGGAGGGCAAGCGGAGUCGGCUCUGGAGGUGGGGGAAGAGGCAGCGCCGGGCGCCCGGCCCACGGAGCGAGGGGAGCAAGGGGAGCCACUGCUCGCGGCAGCCGAGGGCCUGGAGGACACUGACGACGAGGGCAGGCCCAGAGCGCCGCGACACGGCUCUCCAACGGGGUGUCAGCGAUCAGGAGAAGCUCCGGAGACACUGCCCAGCUCCGGCACAGAAGGGGAUGCCUCUACCUCAGCUGCCUCCACCUCAGUCCUUACAGGGGAGAGCUCCUACAAGUCAAAGGAUUCAGAGAAAAGCUCCAGCGUGCCAAGUACGAGUUCGACGCCGGGCGCAGGCUCGCAGAAAGCCAACUCUCUGCAGAGCUUGUUCAGCUUCUCCGAGGCCGCGAGCUCCAGGAACACACGAGACAGCUCCUUGAGGAAAAAGAAAGCCGCAAACUUGAACAACAUAAUCCACCGCUUGGAGAAGGCCGCCAGCCGGGAGGAGGCUGCUGAGUGGGAGUUUUGAGAUUAAAACUCGCCCAACUCUGGAGAGCUGGGAAGUGAAACUGGACCUCUACUGGUUUUAUUGUGUUGCGCACUUAUCCGCCCUGCGGGCCACAGGGCAAAAACGCCAUAGGCCAAGGUGCAUAUAGAAAACAAAAGGAGCGUUAAGCCCAAUUUAUGUUUGUGUUUUCGAGGAAGAAAACUGAAAUGUGUAGUCGAGCUUUUUUGUACCCUGAAGUGUUUUUAUUAUUGCCCUAAGUGAUUUCCACGGUUUCUGGAAUAACUCAUCCAGCUUUGCCUUGUGCCCUCCCCUUCGGUGUGGGCUUUAAAAGAAAAAAAAGAAAAGAAAAAAAAAAAAAAAGAAAAAAAAAAAACAUUUUAAAAAAGAAAAAAAAAUCGAACCCACAUAUUAAAAGGGGGCUUUUUAUCUGCCAUCUAAUGGCUACAGAGCGAUAAGACACUAUUAUUAUCUUCUUAAACCAGGAAAACAAAAAAAAAAAAAAAAGGGGGGGAGAUUUUUCAGAAAAAAAAAAAACAAAAAGAAAAAGAAAAAAAACACAAAAAAGGUUUUUUUUGUAGCUGUUCAGUUGCCACUAAGAGAUUGCACAGUCAACCGACUCUAAACACACUAGUUUGGAUUCCUACGUAUUUUCAAGGAAAGAAAAGAAUCUUCUUUGUUUGAAGCUUUGAAUUAAAAAGAAAGAACACAUUUACUCCACGUAUUUUUUAACGAAACGAAAAGGAAAAAAAAAGUCACGUCAGGAAAAUAUCUUAAUUUGUGGUAGCUGACUUAGUGUUUUUCUUGUAAGUGAAAUAGAAUAUUGACACGUAGUGCACAUUGUUUCAUAGCUUUAACUGAUUCUGGUCUUUUGCAGGCUGGGAUUUGUUUAAUACACUCCAUUUUAGGCCAAAUCAGGACAAAAAAAAAAAAAAAGAAAAGAAAAAAAAAAAAAAGUAAAUCUGAAUCUAGGUAUUUUAUAAUCUGCUUUUUAACCUCUAACCACAGAGCACGCUGAUCAGACCUCAUAUCUGGGAGGUUUGGGAGACAACUUAGAAACAGCAUGUACUUGAUCAUUUCACUUGGGUCGUAGUGCACAGGAUUUCCUUUCAGCCAAGUCAGAUUGCUCAAAACACGUCGGCCAGUAACAUUUCAGCCUGCUGCUUCGGGGACACGCUCCGUGACCCAAAGCGUUCACCUUACCUGGAGCCGAGGGAAGCGUAGUUCAUGUGUACGACUGCUGUCACACCACUAAGGGGACGGGAGCUGCCUCAGAUGGAGACGUUUUCCUGCUGUAGGUGGCCAUUUACUGACUCUCUUCCCACCGCAAGCACUGAUUUUAAAUACGUUUUAGUUGUGGGAAGCUUGUUUUUAUGUGGAGGAAUAGUACAUGGCAAUGACCAGACAGGCUCUUACCAGGGCGGAAGGAGCCCAAACUCCAAACCAAAAUGUUGAUGCUCUCCAGUCCCGGUCUCGCCCGUUCUGCCCCGCAGAAAUGCAGCCUUUCGCCAUUGUUUUAUGCACAGGUUAGGGCUGAUCAAAGUACAAAUCAAAUUCUAACUUGUCUCUAACUCCUCCUGUUGUCUAUAUGUAUAUGCGUGAGCAUAGAGGUGUGUGGAAGGACGUGUGUGCGUGAGUGUGUGCGUGCAAUUUUAUACGUCUGUGUAUUUUCUUACGUACUUGUGCACACAUAGAGUGCAUUACUGCCACCUUUUUUCAAUAAGCUGUUUUAUCAGUUAUGGCUUCUACAAGUUUGCUAAUUUAGACUCCUUUAUUGCCAUAUCUUUAAAACUAACAAUAGAUGAUUUCGGAAUAUAUAUAUAUAUAUAUAAAUAUAUAUAUAUAUAAUUUUUUUUUUUUUUUUGCUUAUUUAUAGGUGCUGUAUUUUAUUAUCUGAUUGUUAGGAAGGGAUGAAAGGGGGCAAAUAUUCUUUAGAGGGAUAGACUGCCGGCAGUAUUGGGUAUAAUUUACAAGAUGUAGUUGUCAUACUGUAUAUUAUUGAUUGAAGACUUUUUGACCGUAUUGUGUAUCAUUGAACUUUUGUCUUAGGUCAGCAUCUUUUUGAUGACACUUUAAUGGUGCAUUCAUUACUUCUUAAGUUUAAUUAAUAUUACUUUUCUGAUUCUGGGGGAGGGAGGGACGGGGAGAGGAGUUCCGACUUUAAAGGUAUGUUCCCAAUAUUACACCUCAGUGUGCUUGUAUUAAUUCAUUAGUAGGAUUUUUGACUGUAAGAUGUGAAACCACAUUUCUUGCAUGAUGUUUUAGAACGUAUGUAUUUCAUUUACAGUCUCUUAACAUGCAACAGCAGCACGUAGUGCAAGUGUCACCAAUCGAGAAUCAGUACACUAAAACCAAUCCUUUUCAUGAUUGAGGGAAGAAGGCUCUAGGAGGCUGAAAGGCAGGGACUCGUUUCCUAUUUCCACUGCUAGCUGUCUCAGGAUACCUCCUUUGGGUAGCUGGGGACUUGUGAUGCAGAACUUAGAUUGAGGAACAGAGAGAGCAACCGCCCCUUUCUGUGAUGAGCUGAGGAGAUGGUUUGUAAUAGCAAACACUGGCGUGUGACAGCGCUGGGAGCGAUUCCAGCUUCUGAUCUGAGUGCAGUUAAGCCCACAGGAACGGCCAGCGGGGGAAGCAGCGUGGUGAAGCAGAGCGGCACCUCUCUGUACCUGUGCAGUGGUGUGACUUACAAAGCACAGCUCCGCCUGUAAAUGCACGUCCUGGUAGAAGUGCACAUACCUUAAUACGAGUCACAACAAGGUGUGUCUUCAGCCACGGAGCAAAGCUUCUGACCAGAAGACACAGAUAUUUUCUUACGGUCUUUUAUUAUUAUUGUUGUUGUUGUUGUUGUUAUUCGGUUCAGGUUGGGUUUUUUAAUUAAUUCUGGGCAAUCCGUUUGCCAGUCUGGUUCUGCUGUCCUUGUCUGCUGAUUGGAGAUCCAGGUGCUUGAUGCAGCCAAGUGGUUACUCUCGGCUUUCUCAACAGGGAGGGUUUUGUUCUGUUUGAUGAUCUGUUUUUAUUUUUAAAUUAAUAUUCCCCAAACUGUUCUUGUGCCUGUGUCUAUACAAUUGCAUUCCACAAUGCUUACUGAGAGCUCUUGCUGCAUCAUCCGACAGCAGAACUGUAUUCACAGGUUGAACACAAAUGCAGCAUUUAAGGUCAAUCUCUCUUCUUAAUAAGCAAUACGUAAGUGCCUUGAAACUUGUAUCUUUUCUUUUCCUGUUUGUUUUUGGGUUGCUUUUCAGACUCCCGACGGUUCUUUAGGGUUCUUUAGUGUCUGCCCGGUUUUUAAUGCUAUAAUGGUUUUUUAAAAGCAUAUCUGUAGCUUGCCCUAGAGGAAAUGUUUCUUUAAUAACACUAACUGUUAAUUCUGAGCUCCAUUAUUACAUUUGAAUCGUGUAAUUUUGCUGGAUAAAGACAGCAUUCGUAAGUCAGAAGUCACUCCAUCCCGCCAAGGGUUGUCACUGGUAUCUAUUACAAAAUUAAUCAAAUAAAAUGCUGUCAGUAUUUCCGAUAUUUUUGGCACUUUAUUGAUGACUUAGCUCCUUUUGUUGUUUCGCAUGUAACGAUCUGCAUUGAAUGUGGAUUAGCCUGCUGAGAUGCUCCGGGGGUGCCCCGGCCGGGCGUCACUCCAGUCCCUCUGUGACCACAUUGUGUAGGGGCACGGCAGACCCACAGCGUCCAGCCAAGCUCAUAGAGUCAAAGUGAUGUGCCCAGCUUUUGGUUCCCUGUUUUUAGCCAAGAUUGCAGCUGCUUUUCUGUUCCGGUGGAAAGUAAAAUGGAUUAGCUUGUACUACUGCUGAGAUUUCUCUUGUUGGAGAUGAGCCACCUACUGGCUUUCUGAACAGUCUGAGACCUCCCUGGUUUGGAGACUUUUAACUUCAGCAAUGCUGAAAGAUGUUAGCUGUAUUUCUUAUCUAGUGCGGCGUUUGAAGGUAACGCUUAUAGGGAAAUGUAUAUCCAGGUCAUUUUUUUACUUGUUGGACAGAAGAGGAUAAAAAAGCUAUAGGAGAGGACAUGCCAAAGAGUAGCACUGGGCUUUUUUGUGUUCUUCGGUCACAGGAAGGCGAGGGGUGGUACUUAAGGAUGUGGGCUGGGGGCUGUCCCAUGGCACGAUGGCUUUGUAGAGCACGGAGCCUGGGGACAAGGCUCUCACUGCCCACAUUUCUUAUCCCAGUGGAUGAAAGCACAGACUGCAGAAAACCCGUAAUCCCAGAGUCUGGUUUUACCUUGAGGUUCUUGAAAAAUAUCUUUAUUUUCUCUUUCCAUUUCCAAUUCCAUGUUCUUACUGAAGCUGUGGUUGAAGGGCCUGAGCUAUUUUAACAAAAAAUAGCUUUCCACUGCAGCAAAACUUGUUGUUUUUCUUCCUGGAUGGCUGGGGAAGGAGGCAGGUCUGAUACUUGGGCUGAAAGCUGGAGAAGAGAAUCCCUUGGAGAGGAGUCGUGCAUGGGACUGUCAGUAUGCUUCUGGUUCUGAGGGUGCAGAUUUCAGACUAUAAUUGGCAGAAAUAUCUCUAAUUGCAGUUGUUGAUGCUGCAAAAUGUGACCAUUUUGUUUAUUCAUCUGUAAAAUGUCUGUAAGUAGAGCCACUCCUUAAAGGAACCUCUAUCAGCGCGCUCUGUACCGUGAAUUAGUGAAUCCUUUAGUAAGAACUCCUUGCUGUAAUAAGAAAAUCUUAUCAUACAGUUAAAGAGAAGAAAAUACAUGUGCCUUUCUCAUGAGGUGAAAGAUCCUUGCAUUGUUUCUAUCUAAGCUGUUCAUAUGGGAAUGCUUAAGAGAAGGGGGUUAACAAACAUGGCAGAAUUCUAUGCAAUAUUCUCUGUCGUAUUACUGAAGAGUGGCUGUUUUUCAGUUGUUUAAUUAGAGAAAUAGCGAGCUAAUGAGUGCAUCGUUCUGGUGGUAGCUCAUACUACAGAGGUGAUUCGUUUACCUAAAACAGAGCUGAGGGAAGCCUGACAAAGUAGUAAAAAUGAGUUGGUUUUGAACAUUUCUUUGCACUUAAAUCCAAACCAGUUUAUUUCAGCUGAAAUGAUAGAAUCGUGGAAUAUCCUGAGUUGGAAGGGGACCCCCAGGGAUCAUUGAGUCCAAAUGGCUGCAGUGAGCCGGAGCAGUGCCUUCAGCAAAGGUGCAAAGAGAGCAGUACUUAUACGUGGCGAUUUGUUGUGUGCUGAUGGAGGGCACUAUUUUUGCUUCAUUUGUGUCUUUCUAGCACAGAUCUUAAGGGCUCUCCUAUUACAUCUUCAUCAGCAUACGUAUCCUAGAAUGUUUCCUAUCUCAGAGACUCUGUGUAGAUGAGCCCUGUGCUGUAGGCACUCACUGAAGACUAUCAGAAAACGGGGAGGAAGAGAGAAGUUGGUUCUUAGGUGGGGGAGCCUGAUUUCACAUUCACAGACACAAAUGCAGUCUGUCCCGGGGCAGUGGGACAAGCUGCUUGCAUCUCUUAGUGCUCAGUGUGGCUCACAUGGAUGGAACAGUCGUUCACCUCCCCCAUAUGUUGGCUGCUCCGCUCCUCUUGCACUUUCUGCUGCCCCCCUGUUGGAACAUCAGCGUUUUCUUCCUUUGCAUUGCAUAUACAAUCAUUUUUUUUUUCUUUUUUUAAGUAGAGAAUUUAAAAAUUCUGUUUCAGCAAAGUAUUAUUUUUUUCCCAGCUGUUUAAAAUCUUUGCCAGAUGGUUUUAAAUGGCAAUCACUGGCUUUUAAAGCACAAAAUCUUAAGUUUCUUUUCUGACGUUCAGCUUUCUGAGUUGAAGGAGUGACCGAGUGGUCCAUGUCUCUUUCCCUGUACUCAUUUGAGCUUUGACAUGUAGAAAUAUUAUUUCAUGAAUUAAAUCUUUCCUCCCUUUUUGUAGGAUGUAUCGACCGUGCCAUGUGUAAAAUGUAGUUACUAAGGAUCUUUAAAGCAAGACAAGCCCUUUGUGCUAUGCCUAGGGACCAAUCUGUCCUAUGUGACCAGGUCGUGUCCUGUACCCUGCCCUGUGAAUAUGCAAGUAUAUCGAGUUUCUCUGCUCCAAAGGUGAGGUUUAUCCUUUUGGAGAAGGUUAUCAUUAGGCUGUGCACUUGAGUUUCUAAAAAAGCCUUAAAAAUAGGUGUGUGAGUGGUGCCAUCUCCUCCUCAGGGAUGAUUUCCCCCAGUCAAGCGGUUCUGUGAUGCAGUUGCUGGAUGGAAGGUUGUUUCCCAGCAGGAGGAAGUCGUUCAUUGCAGUGUUUAGUAGUAGGAGCCUCUAGUGCAGCCAAGGACCCAGCCAGGCUGCACGCCUGCUUUCCCCCAAACCCUCCUUGUGGCAGCCCUCCCUGCCCAGGGAAGUUUGCAUUUCUGCAGCUGUUUUAUGAAUGAAAUUUAAGUAAAUCUGAUGCCCAGUGUUGGUUUCUCAUUGCUGGUCACAGACAUGCUCAGGCACAAAAGUGCUUUAAAAUGAAACAUCUGCUUUAUAAAAUUAAUGAGCUUAUGUUUUUCCUUGUCCAGCCAUUCCACAAAGGACAGUUUUGCCAUCGUUCACAUUUGCUUUAUUUCCAUGGGUGCCAGUAGAGGAGUUUUGUCACAGUUCUGUAGAUAAGGUAACACUAAAGCUGUUGGUUUCGUGGUACUGCUUGUUCGUUGAAACAGUCAUGUGCAGGUUAAAGUCUUAACCAUAGCAAAACAGUGCAGGAGAUGCAGUGGAUGUCUGCAAUCCCCAUGGCAUCACGUCUUUGAGUUUCCUUCAUAGAGCUACUUGUAUGAUGUGGUACAGCACUCAUCCAAAGACCCUUGGGAGCAGAGAGGGCCAGGAGCUCCUGCUCAUGGGUGAUAGAGCUUCUGGUGACAUGGUUACUGUGUGAUGUGUAGCAACCUUCAUAGCAGUACAGCCUCUCUGUUGGUAACAGGAAUAACAGCGUUGAGUUGCAUCGUCAUCAUCCGUCUAUGCGGGUAAUUAAUAGAUAUUUUUAGGAGUUGUUAAGUGUCUGCAUGUCCAUGUUUCCAUAGGGGGAAGCCCCUCUGUGUGUGUAGCAUUUAUGUGCUUGGCAUCAGUUGAAGUGCUGCAGCCAGAUACGUGAAAUCAUUUGGGGCAUAGGUGAGCGGAGGCAGAAAACCAAGUUGUAUUAUCAUGCAUAGGAUGCUGUUUUCCCACUUGUCAGACAGGUUCCAUGUUGUAAAUGCAGAAUUAUCCAUUGGAGAGGACGGAUUUCUUGAGACAUGCGGGUUUAGCUAAACUGGGUAGGGAAGAGAUGCUCAGAAUACAUAAAAAUAAUGCCAAGGCUCUGAGAUGUGCCAGAGCUGGGGGGUUCAAAGUCAGGAGUCAGUCCAUGUCUAUAGCAUUCCCCUUCAGAACAGCCUGCAGGAAAUUCAUGUGCUGGACACUUGCACAAGUCACUUGUUUUCUUCUGUCUCUGUGUACAGUGAGAAGGCACAGAGUUUUGCUGUGCAUUUAAACAACUGCAAAAACAGCCCAUGUGUACAUGAAGCCAAGUAACAAAUACGAGUGUGGCUCAUUCUUUCUCUCCCUGAGCUGAAUAUUCAAGUACUCUUUGGAAUGAGACUGAAAUUCUGUUACACCAUCCCUCUCAGAGGUCUGUGUUUGGAAGAGAAGUAAAACUUGGCACUUGACUUGCUCUGAAGUACAAUCUAUCCCCAAGCAACAAAAAGUUUCCCUACAAUCAGUCCCUCAGUCAGACUUCCCUGGCUUUUGUUAGCUUCCCUUAGAGCCCUCCUCCUAUUUUAACGUAUGGUCUAUGUGAAUAAAUUAUUGCUAGCUUUAAAAGUGUUUCCAAAGUACCUGGUUACCUCUGGAUGCUUGCACAGCUGCACAGCAGUACCCGAGCUCCAGCUCGAGGGGCAGCGUGCGGGCAGUUGGCAUGGUCACCUCCGUGUCCUGUUCCUUGUCCUCCAUCAGGGCUUCCAGUUCCUUCCACCUGCAGGGAGUGGGGGAUGAGAAGAGUUUAGUUUAGUUUGGAAUGCUUUGUUCUGAUUCAGUAGGCGUCUCGUCAGGACUCUGUACGCUACCACAUUUCCCGUUGAGUUUUCAGUUCUUGCUACUGUCCUAAAAUUCACUCUUGAACAAACUUUCUAUACUUGGAAAGCUAUGUGCCUUAUUUUCUAAUCUCUUCGUGGAGAAUAACCUAAAGCACAGUGAUCUCGAUUGCAGCAUUCACAGCCACCUGCUUGUCAUUUAGUGCGGGAAAGGAAGCAUCAACCGAGGUGUGAUUCAUGGCCCAGCGCUCGUUGUCCCCUUGCUGAUGAGUUGUCCCUUGCUGAUGAGUUGUCCCCUUGCUGAUGAGCACUUCAAGCACUGUGCAUUACGUCUUUGUGCAAUAGAAAUCCUCAUUCUGCAUCCAGAGGUCGUUGGCCCAUCCAAUGAGCAUAGGCAAGCGGUAGCAUAGAGAACUCAGGUUCCAAAAAACAAGCCUGCCUGGGUUGGCUCCAGCAACAAGGUUGGUUGUGGGCUUGGAAAUUAAGGCAAAACCUGACUGGUUUGUGCUCGCAGGCUGCCAGUAUUCAGGAGCUGCUCGUGGUGCCACGUUGGUACCGUUGGCCAUCCUUACUGGUUGGCAGCAGUGAGGCACUGCAGUUCAUCCCAGUCCUAACCCGGCUGUUACAAACAGGCUUCCACCCGCCAGCAUCCUCAGCCCUUAGCAGCACUCGCGUGUCAUUCUCCAAGCUUGCUCUCUCUACAGCAUCAUAAGGUGAAAUACACAGAGGUGGUUUGUUGUCAGGAAAACAACCGAGCAUUUCCUAUUUAUGAGAUUGAUUUUAUCAGUUUCUUUGCUGAGGUUUGUUUUUUAUUUGAUAUAAACACAACAGGAGCAUGCAUAUCCUGCAGGCGGACCUUGUAUGGAGCGGGGUGCUGUCAGCUUGUCUGAGUAUCCAUAUCAUUGUGCCCCUGUUGUGUUUUGUAGAGCAAUCAUAUUUUUUUUUCUUUUAAAGAUAUUUUAUCUAAAUGCCUAAUAAAUAAUAUUAUUUAAAUAGUUUUAAAGUAAUUUAGGACUGAGAAUAAACCUCCGUUGUGAGAGAAGAGACUUAAAAUAUACAGAGAGAAAAUCCCCUUAGCCUCCUAGAGCCUCUACUGAGAAUGUCAUGAAGAUGCAGUGCCCCUUUGUCAAAGCACGUUGCCAUCUCCUCCAGUGUUGAUGUAAAAUGAGAGACUGGUUUCCUGUGACGUUCAUCUCUAUUGGCAUAUGUUUGAAUUCCUGAAUUCAGAGCUGGUUUUUCAGCCAUUUCUCAGCGCGGCUCCCUCGCAGUGGGCAGGAUCAUCCCUGGAGAGGUGGGAUGGGAAAAAAGCUGCCAAAGCAAAAGUGAAAUAGAGAUCCCCCAUGUGUGGCAGGGCUGGAGCUGGGCUGCUGCGGGGCGCUGGGGUUGGAUGCAGAUUUGCACUUUGCCUUUCGAGGAUGUCUCGCUAGAAACUAUCCAGUGAAUUCCCACGCGAGGUUUCUUUCCUUUGGUGAUGUGGUCUGAAAGCAAAGGGGAAAAAAAAAAACAACAAAAAAAGAGCCCUUUGGAAACAAUUGGAUAACCCUUAAAAAAUGGGGAGGGGGGAAAAAAGAGAUGAAAAAGCUUGUUGCUGUCUGGAUGCUCCGUGCAGUUCUGUGCUGACCAUCCCACUCCAGCAGUGCAGGGCUCCGGGUCCCAAAGCAGGUGGAGGCUGGUGGGGGGGGAUGGGGAUGGGGAUGGCGUUUCUUCUGUUGGCUUUGGUUUGGUUUUCUUUCCCUUUUCCGAUAGUUUCCCUCAUGUUCCCUUUUGUCAUUGUUUUUAUUAAGAAAUUAACUCUCUGCAUUUGUGCAAUAACUACUUGCCAUGAUGAUGGGCAGACCUUUGUAAUGCCCCGACUACUAACACAGCACAAGAUGAACUCAAACAGAAAGUGGUGUACUUUUUCCUGAGAACGUUGGUUGUUUUUUCUGUUGUUUUUGACGCGAUAAGCUCCGUUUUCACCCCGCCGUAUCGUGGUGUCUUACAUUUUUAGCAGUAUUUGAUAUUUUGGGGGCUGUAACGCACUAAGCCGUAGGUGUUUUUUAGAGCUUGUUUGUUAUAUUCACCAUCACGGAUUUAAACAAAAAAAAAACAAAAAGAUCCUCACAAAGACCCAAUUGACCAAAAAAAAAAAAAAUACAAAAAAAAGGAAAAAAAUAAUCUUUUUUUUUUUUUUUUUUUUUGUACGAGUAGCUCCGAGAUGCCCACGUUGUGUUGCUGUGACUCAUCUUUUGUAACGUUUUAUUUCUUGCUAUUUGUUUGAACAUAAAGAAAAGUUUUAAGAGUUUAUAUGGCUGGCAGUAGCGGGGAGCGCUCCCUCCGUCAGCAGAACGGCAUUGUUUAUCUGUCUUUGUUUGGUUAGCCAUACGAUGUUUGUUCUCAGCACUGUACAACGGUCCCUAUAUGAUAUGGAGAAGCAAUAUCACUGUAUGAAACUCACACGAUGUAUUAUUAUUAUUAUUAUUCACUAGCACCCUAGGUGUGAUAAUUGAAGUAAAUAUCUUUUAUACAAACACAA